AUUUCCAUUCAUGUGGUUCAAAUAAUAAUAAACGACUUUCUUAAAACUUGAAAUAUGGGUAUCCGGUCACCUGGUGGUUUCUUUCAAAAAGUAACAAUUUGUAGCAAUUGUAAAAAUAGUUCCAAGUUGAAAUUUCGAAGCGUGUUUGAAAUUUAUUUUCCUUUGGAGAUUCAUUUAUAUAAUGGCUGCAACAAGCGUGGACUAUCGCAAUUUCUCGCUUGUUUUCAAAGCGUUCCGUCUGAAAAAAAAUGCCCCAAAUGGAAUGAUUUGCCGUUGCGGGCUCGAAAAAGAGGAUACUGUUUUAUCUAAAGAUGAGGAGAGAUAUAUUGAAGAAAAUAUUGGUGGGUUGAGAUUAUUUUCCAGUGAUUCUUUUCGAAUAGAAACCAUAAUGGUACCAACAUGUGAUGACAACUUUUCAUCAACUAAAUUUUGAAAAAACUUUUUCGUGGUGUUAGGUCACCUUACAAGAGUUUAAUGUGGUGUGGCCGCCUUCUGAUUGAAUUCCACGAAGAAAACCAAUGCAGUCGGUAUUUAUCGUCUGCUCUGAAGUUUUAUAUAAAAGCGAUUGAAAUCUACAAAGAGGCUCGCUAUCUUUUACAUAUCCGUCCUUUUAAUAUGAUAAUGAAAAAACUUUUAAGGCUUUCAUCUAAAUUUCGCGUUCACCAGAGUGUAUUUCUCGAGCUUUUGAGAUUGCUUAGCACAGAUCGAUAUUAUUAUCUGUCUGAUUUUCUGACUGACGAUGAGGUUUGUGUGUUAGAAGAUAUAUUUAGAGCAGCAAACGAACUUAAACUAGAUAUAUUGGUGUUAUGGGAAAAAGUAGACAGCGGAUCUUACACUUUAUUUAAUUGGUUUAUAUAUGAACACGCUGAAUUUCUUAUUCCAUUAAUCAAAUUUGGAAAGAUAGAGAACAUGGCAAGGGAGAGUGGUUUUCUUUGUUUGCAGUGUUCAUUGUUCAUAUUGGAUACGUCAACUAUAGUGAACAUUGACUGUGAAUACAACUCCACAACAUUCCGCGCAUGGCAAACUUUGCGUUUGUUUUUUCUAGCAAAGUCAGACAUGGAUCCAACUAUAGGAACCUACGUACUGAAGUUAUUGUGGAAUAGUAUAACAGAGCCAUUCCUGUGUCAGGAAGAGUUCGAAAAGAUUGUCAAAGCAAUUGAAACAUCUGAUCGAUUAACUGCAGCAUGGGAUUGGUAUGCAAACCAUGUGCUGGAAAACGUCAUCUCACCCAGAGAACCAAGGUCUCUGGUCCAUCUUUCAAGGUGUUCCGUUCGUAGGCAACUGGCGACAUGCCUUCAGCUUCCGUGUGGUGUUGACCAGAUUAAUGUUCCGAAGAUUCUAAAAGAUUAUAUUCUUUUGGAACAUUGAAUGCUUUUUACCUGCGCAGAGCUGAAAAAGCUGUGCAAUUUCGAUGAAUAAAUUUCAUUCUAAUAAGUAAAUUGCAAGUGUUAAUUGUGCAUUGUUUUGACUCAACACCAAAGAUAAAAUUUCCCCAUUUUUCCUCGGAAAUUAUUAAAACUCCAGGAUACAUUGCUAAACAAACAAUGAAAUUUUCCUUUCGUAGAAGAUAUGUUAGCUAUAAUAUUUUGUAGGAAAUAAAUUUUCAAAACAGGAA